AUGCCGCUUUUCCAACCCAUCAUCCUAACAACACUGACUAUCACCACAUUCAUCUUUUUAUCAUCCACGCAUCUUGUACUAAUAUGAGUAGCACUAGAGCUAAGCACACUAGCGAUUCUCCCCCUAAUUGCCACUAAAUCACAUCCCCGGGCUAUCGAGGCAUCCACAAAAUAUUUCCUCACACAAGCAACUGCUUCCGCACUGAUUAUUUUCUCAGGAACAUUAAAUUACACCAUAACAGGAAACUGCCAAAUCACUGAACUAACCAACCCAAACUUAAUAAUAGUCCUGAUAUUAGCCAUAUUCAUCAAAAUUGGCCUAGUCCCCUUCCAUUUUUGAGUUCCCGAAACACUCCAAGGUAUAGCUCCAACUGCCGCCAUCUUCCUACUAACUUGACAAAAACUAGGCCCAUUAAUUAUAUUAUAUCUAAUAAGCCCACUAAUCAACUUUGAAAUCCUUUCCAUAAUAGCCAUUCUAUCCGCCAUAACUGCCGGUUGACUUGGAUUAAACCAAACCCAAGUUCGAAAGCUAGUGGCUCUAUCCUCCAUCGCCCAAAUAGCUUGGACCCUCGUAAUCAUUAAAUACGCACCAUCACUUACAAUUCUAGCCUUCUACUUGUAUUCACUUACCAUCUCCGCCACACUCCUCACCCUAAACAAACUAUCAACAACGUCUAUUAGCGGCCUUCUACUCUCCUUUUCAAAAACCCCUAUUAUUUCAUUCCUACUAACAAUCUCCCUACUGUCCCUGUCAGGCCUCCCCCCUUUAGCCGGCUUCUUACCAAAAUGAUUAACAAUUGAUAUACUCAUAGCAGAAGAAGCUAUCUGAAUCGCCUUUAUAAUACUUAUAGCAUCACUCCUAAGCCUAUUCUUCUACCUACGACUAUGGUACAACUCCGCAUCCACCACCCCCCCCAACACCACAAACACUUCUCGCCUAUGACGAAAACCCCUCCCCAAAACAAACCUCACAAUUAACCUAUUAAGCAUAGCUGCCUUUACCCUUAUCCUAGCAGCCACUUUAAUGAAAGCUAUCACAAAACAAUA